AACCAUCAAAAUGACCGGAGGCAAGUCUGGCGGCAAGGCUAGCGGCACCAAGAACGCGCAGUCGCGCUCUUCCAAGGCUGGUCUCGCGUUCCCUGUUGGUCGUGUUCACCGUCUGCUUCGCAAGGGUAACUACGCCCAGCGUGUGGGUGCUGGUGCUCCCGUCUACCUCGCUGCUGUGCUUGAGUACCUUGCCGCUGAAAUUCUUGAGCUGGCCGGCAACGCUGCCCGUGACAACAAGAAGACCCGUAUCAUCCCUCGUCACCUGCAGCUUGCGAUUCGGAACGAUGAGGAGCUGAACAAGCUUCUGGGUCACGUUACUAUCGCACAGGGUGGUGUUCUUCCCAACAUCCACCAGAAUCUUCUUCCGAAGAAGACUCCCAAGAGUGGAAAGGGCCCUAGCCAGGAGCUGUAGUUUUUUGUUUUUCGUGGGUUUCUUAUUUUUACUGGCGCGGUUUGGUUCAGUUAUUGAUGCAAUAAUGGGGUUCUGGACUGGGCAAGUUAUGGCUCUUGUUUCCUUAUUUUAGCUUAUUCGACGGUUGUACAUUAUGUCUACGGGCAUGAGAUGAUUCUAUCAGUUUAUCAAGAAUGAAUGGGCUUUACGGCA